UCUCUUUCUUUGUAAUUUUUUCCUGCAAAUGAAGCUUGUAAGCUCGCGCACAAUCCUUGAAAGCAUCACACUUCAGCUCCGUCUUAGAAAUGUUUCGAGAAUUUCAUCAUACUCAACCGCAACACGCACAACAGAAAGGAGAAGCUCGAACCCGGACUCAAUGCGCGGUCUGUUCCGUCGUAUCACGCCGCUGGGAGAUCCAGCGGUCUCCAUUGUUCCCAUGCUCGAUCAAUGGGUCCAAGAAGGACGAACCGUAGAGAAAGAACAGCUCCAACUCUUCAUCAAAGAGUUGCGAUCCUCCAGACGAUUCACUCACGCUCUCCAGAUAUCUAUGUGGAUGACUGACAAAAGAUAUCUCCAACUUACAGCUGGUGAUGUUGCCAUUCGGUUGGAUUUGAUCUCUAAAGUUCAUGGAGUAGAACAAGCAGAAAACUAUUUCAAUCAUAUUCCAAAACAAUUGAGGUUUUCUGCUUAUUCUGCUCUUCUCAACUGCUAUGCCAAUGCAAAAUCUGUGGAAAAAGCAGAGGCCACCAUGCAGGAAAUGGGUGAUUUGGGAUUGUUUGCCAGAACACCACUGAUUUACAAUUCUAUGCUUAAUCUUUAUUAUAAGACUGGAAAUUACGAGAAAUUUGACAGCCUCAUUCAUGAAAUGGAAGAAAAAGGCAUCAGUUCUAACAAAAUAACAUUUUGCAUCCGUCUAAAUGCCUAUGCAGCUACUUCUGAUGUUGAGGGAAUUGACAAGAUUGUAAACUUGAUGGAAUCCUGUCCCACUGUUCUCUUAGACUGGGAAUUUUAUGCUACUGCAGCUAGUGGGUAUGCAAAAGCAGGGUUUUUGGACAAGUCUUUGCAAAUGCUGAAGAAAUCUGAGGGACUAAUAUCGCAUAAAAGCCGCUUUGAAGCUGCUAAAGCAUACGAAUUUCUUAUAACCCAGUAUGCAACAACUAGGCAGAAAGAUGAAGUUUUAAGACUUUGGGAAAUCUACAAGAAGAAUGCUACUGCUUACAAUAGAGGCUAUAUAUCUGUCAUAAAAUCUCUGUUAAAAUUUGAUGACCUGGAGAGUGCUGAGAAGAUUUUUGAGGAAUGGCAAUCACAGAGUUCAAUCUAUGAUUUCCGGAUUCCAAAGUUCUUGAUUGGUUGUUACUGUAGAAAAGGCCUUUUGCAGAAGGCUGAAUCUCUUAUAAGCAAGGAAAAAUUGAAGGGGGGGAAGCUGGAUGGCAAGACAUUGUUUUGUAUGGCAACAGGAUAUCUUAAGAAUAAUCAAACUCUAGAGGCGGUGGAGGCGAUGAAGGAAGCGUUGGUGGUUUGUCGAAACAAGUGGAAGCCAAGUAAGGAACGCUUGGCGAGCUCUUUGACAUUCUUAAACAAUGGAGUAGAAGACAUAGAAGGAGUCGAGAAAUUUAUAAAUUUGCUCAGGGAAAAAGACAUUAUCUCUGAGGAUCUCCAAGAAAAGUGGUUGAGUAAUGUCCAGAACGGGAAGUUGAACUUCGACGCACUCAGUAGUUUUUAUGUUGAUGCUUUGAUUGAUGAUGCAGAAGCACUUUGACCGCCCGAGGUUGAUAACGAUGACUCAGUAAAAGCUGUUAUUUUAAGGUUGUGACUCGUAAAAGCUUUUGGCUUGGGUGCAUAGCCAUUAUCUUCGGGCUAUGGCUUGUCAGAUUCAGGCUUGGGUGCAUAAGCAUUGUCUUCGGAUUGUGGCUUAUAAGCUUCAGACCUCUCCUGAUCGAAUGAUUUAGAACUAUAAAUAUAUCUCAUCUUGUAUUUGUCUUCAGAUUUUGGUUCAUAAUUAUAUUCCUGAGAAUUUGGCUCGUCA